UUACACUGCAACGACAGUCUUCAAAGGCCGCAGGUCGUGGAGUGAAAAUACCAGUUUCAUGGUGCAAUAAAAUUCCCUGUCAAUUAGUUUAAAUAAUUUUUCAUCUUCGGAAAUUACUCCCGUCCCUCGUAAUUUAAUCGAAAACUUUGUAAAACAUUUCCUAUAAAUUGUUGCAAACGCAGAUUCAACACGAGUUGUGCGAUAAAUAAAUUCUGACUUCAGAAAUUUAGAAUAAAAUAAAUUGAAAUAAAAUCGAAUCAAAUCAAAUAAUAUAACAUAAAAUAAAUAUAAUAAAAAUAUUGUACAAAGUGUAAGGACAAGAAUGACGAUUACAAAUAAUCCAAAAUCAAUAUCUCGGAAAAAUAAAAUAUUUAUUCCAACAAUUGCGAAGAAAUGAAGUAAACAAGUGUAAAAGCUAUUUGUGUUUGUGGGGAUGGGACUAAAAAUUGAUACAUGCGUUCUGCGUACUAUUCAUUGAAUAUAGUUUGAGCAAAGGGGUGUGAACAUAGUAGGGGUAGGUGAGCAGGUGGCGUUGGUCUGUCACCCCCAGUGAUCCAACUGUUCAUUCCAUUCCCGACGCUUCAUCACCGCGGACUUGUCGGUCGAUCGAAACCGGUGGCAUUGCUACACAUUCGAUAAUAUCAAUCGAAUGUCUCCAUUGUCCAUUGGUAACUGGCAAAUAAGAUAUGCAAUAUGACAGCUUCAACAAUUAAAACGUGGUUGACACGUGGAGAGUUUGAAAAGCUUGAACAUUAUGUGCUGGAGGGAAAGGGGUCGAGAUUAUUGAAUGAACAUUCGCCAGAUCUGAGAACUCGAGUUUUCCUCAAGGGACUUCCAACCUACCUGUCAAAAAUUAGUCAGGCGCAUGAGGCCGUUACCAGAGGUGUUUUGGCGGAACUCCAAAGAAUUGUAGGGGAUGAACCGAAAAAGAAACUUGCCAUUGCUAAAGACGCAGCGGGUAUUCCACUGCUUCAUAAAGCUGUUUAUCACGAUCAUCAGGAGGUCGUCGAGUGGAUUCUCGAUAAUUAUCCGAAUACGGCUGGCCAGAAAGAUCGGGAGGGACGAACGGCGCUGCAUUAUUGCGUUGCCUGCAAGGAUCCAGAAUCCAUCUGGGAUCUGUUGAUCGAGGGUGGCUGUGACGCCAGUGUCUGUGAUAAACGCGGACAUCCAGCGGCUUAUUAUCUUGAACACGCAUCGGAGAUCGAACUGCCGGACCCGGAAGCUAUGGCGACUAAGCCUGGUACAGCCAAGAGUGAGAAUUUGGACUUCAAGCCGUCUAACAUAAGAAUAUGGAUUCACAAUCGUGAUAUAACAAAGCUACAGCAAGUGCUUUGGGAAGGUCAUGGUUCGAAAUUAAAAUGUGAAAUCAGUAAUAAUCCGAGGGUGAGGAGAUUCCUGGAGGCUACGCCAUUUAUCAUGGGUACAAUCAAGCAAAUGCACAGUGCAGUAGUGAAAAAUGAUAUUGAUGAAUUUCUCGAAAAAAUAGCAGACCCCGUGUCGCCGGUUAUUCUCUGCAGCAAAGACAUGAACGGUCUGAAUGUUCUUCACAAGGCCGCGGGCUUUGGAUACCUGGAUAUUGCCCGUGAAAUUCUAGAAAGAUAUCCUGCAGCAGUUCUCGCUCAAGACAAUGACGGAAAGACCCCGUUACAUUAUGGGGCUGCUGUGAGAGAUGGUGGGGCUAUGUAUGAACUUCUCACUGAAUAUGGAGCUGAUGAGAGUAAACUUGAUAAUAAAAACAAAGCAGCGGCUUUCUACAAGAACCGUCCCGGCGAUAUAGACCUGACGAAUCUCGUGGUGGUUCCGGAAGCCCCCCGGGUAUCCGGUACAAAAUACCCAAAGCACUGGGACUGGCGUAUUCUCGAGAACGAUGGAAUGUCCCUCCGAGCUCUGAAGAAACUCGACGCUCAAGUUGAUGCUGACAGUGCAUUUGGCAGUGCCGAGAGUGCCCUGAAGAGCGCCGAGAGCUCUGACAAUGUCUUUGGGAUGACUGAUGAGGAGGGAUUAAAGGAUGAUUUGGUAGGACAGGAUGAGCAGCCAGAUGAGAAGGAGAAUGGGGAUGCUGAUGAUGAGGGAGGUGGCGAUGAAGCUGGGGGUGAUGAGAAUGAUGGGGCUGAGGUGGAGGGUGAAGAAACUGCUGUUGAUGAUGAAGAAGCAGCUGCUGAUGAUGAAGAAACUGGGGCUGAUGAAGAUGGAGAGGCUCCUGCAGACGAGGAAGAAGUUGGUGCUGAUGAUGAAGAAGCAGAAGCUGCUGCUGAUGAAGAAGAAGCACCUCCUGAUGGUGAGGAAGAAGCUGCCCCAGAUGAAGGAGAAGACCCUCCUGAUGAAGCGGCUGCACCUGAUGAAGAACAAGACGAAACCGCAGCUGAUCCUGAUGACGGUGAUGAUGACGCUGAAGUUGAGGCAGGUGAUGGCGAUGAAGAGAACGAUGAUGACAAGCCAGAUGAUGCUGAUAGCGGUAACGUUGAAGAGCCCCCUGAUGAGAACCAGGAAGAAGAGAAGAAUGAACCCAGCACCGGUGAUUCUGGUGUUGACGAGUCUCGAGUGGACGACGAUCAGGUUAUCGCUGGUGAGCACGAAGAAGUGAUUGAGGCGGAUUUGAACGAUCCCGACAGCCUCGAUGAUCCUGAAAUUGACGAUCUCCUGGUGAACGGUAAUAUGGAACAACUUGCUUCGGUUGUGCUGAAUGGUGAAGGAAGAAGAUUGGUCAAUCGUCAGUCCUCCAAUCCUGAGCUUCAAGCAUUCAUUGACAACGUACCAUCGUACAUUGGAAAAAUUCAUGCGGUUCAUAUCGCAGCGAAGGAGGGUAAUCUCAAGGAUCUUCAGAAUUCAUUGGAUCGACGCAAAUUUGCUAUCGCCAGAGAUGGGGCAUCACCACAUGGAGCUACUCCACUUCAUGUUGCUGUUAUUUUUGGACACACUUCGGUUAUACGGUAUUUAGCAGGAAGAUUUCCAGAGACGGCACAGGCUGUGGACAUUGACGGACGAACUCCUCUGCAUUAUGCUGCCACUUUGGCGGACAAUGGACAUUAUUACAAUCUUCUGCUACAUCUGGGAGCGAAUCCAUUGACGCUGGAUAACUUUGGCCAGAAAGCCGACUAUUACAAGGAGAAUCAAUCCGACUUGUCCCACAAACAAUUGCUCCGCGAUUUUGGUGCUCGCGAAGAAUUAGCCGACGAAAUGUUAACAGACAAAGUGGGUGACGAUGACAUAUAUUCAGCACGUCGAGACGUCAAUGAAGCCGAGAUCCUGUCAACCCUAGAGCGAUGUUUCCGGUUGCUGGUGCCAACGCGAAGGGGUUCAGUAAUGAGUACAGCCUCAGCAAAUGCUGGUACAAUACUGGGUCGUUGUCUAAAACGUACCAUAUUUGACCAAAUAAAGCACCGUGUGACACGCAUGGACCACAAUCUCUUUGACAUUAUUUGGCCAUCAGUUAAAAAAUAUAGUAUCAAUCAUCCUAACGGUAGCAGCUACACAAGCGCCCCCAGCCGAAGAUCCAGCUUACCCGAUGUUGAUGAUGAUUUUGCUGCUGUCAUUGUCGCCCCCGAUUACGAGAGUUACAUCGUCUUCGCUGAGUUGUUCGAUCCUUUCAUCAGGAAUUUACACUGCGUAACAGCCACCGGUGAUCUUCCGGAUCAGCCUUUGUCCUGUUUCUUCACGGAAGACGAUACCAAGAUCGACGACGAGACUGUGGAGGAGGUAAUGUCGACGAUAUUGACGUACGAUAUAGAUCCGCCGGGAAAGUACGUCCAGGUCACGACCAUCGACGCAUGCAGAAAUCUGGAAAGCUUCACCCUACCACUGACCCUGACCAUCAAUCAGCUUGAGGAGACCGAGAAGAGGAUCACAGGUGUCUUGAUGUCCGCGGAGGUGUCGAUUAUCCUGGCGGAGGGCUCCUCCGAGGACGAGGCAGGUACUUACUACACUCUGAACGAGAUCCUGGAGAGACCAAGUGACAUCAGGGUGAGACUCGAGGCAGCUGGACUCCUCGGGCCCAUCUUGGAGACGGAAAUGAGUGACGAAAGACGACUCCAUGGUAAGCACUGGCCGUACGGACGCGGCGUUUACGUGGCGUCCGCGGGAGAUGUCGCUGUCUGGGUGAAUGUUCAGGAUCACAUAAGGAUCAUAUGCCGCACCCACGAGUCACAUCCCGGGGCGAUCGGAAGGGCCUAUGUCAGAACAGCGAGGAUACUGUCUAUUUUCGAUAGGAAAAUGCGAUUCAAGAAGGACCGCAAGCUCGGCUUUCUCAGCGCCAGACCCGCCUCCAUCGGUAACACCAUGAGAUUCUGCUGCACAGCGAAGCUCUCCGGUCUUUCGAAGCAGUCGGAUAAUCUCAAGCAGGUCUGCAUCACCAGGGGGUUGAGGGCCACCGAAACCAUGCGCAGUGAUGUCUUCAAGAUCAGCAAUUUCCAGUGCCUCACUAUUACUGAACUCCAAACACUUCAAGACUUCAUUCGCGCUAUUCGCAGUGUCUUGGGACUUGAGAAGGAAAUGAUGCUGACAAAUUCGUUGAAAAUAGCCACUUUGGUGACGAACAUAUUCAGAAAACGAAAAAACUCAAUAUUCAAAGGCUGAUUCAAGGAGAGAUGGAGAUCUAAUGUAUAUUUUUUGUUCGUCUUCAGCGUUGAAUUCUUGUUAUUUAUUUGUAAAUCGUCAUGAAAAAAUUUGGUGUCAGUUGAUGUCGUAUGGAUAGGAGGAGCCAAUCAAUGGAUUACCGAGCUCAGGAAUAUACGCUUAAAUUAUUGACGUUACUGUGAUAAUGAAUGAAUCUUUUAUCGAUCGUGAAAUUUCAUGAAUAUGUUGUAUCAAUGUUGUAUUGUUGAAACACUUUGGAAAGAUGUGUGAACGUUAUUUUUCACCUGAUUUUGUCUCAUGGAUUUAUUAAUG